AUGUGGAUGGUGGGUUACAACGAAGGUGGUGAGUUCAACAUGGUUGAUCAUUCAUUCAAUGGAAUGAAACUCAGGCCUCUGAUGCCAAGGCCAAUGACUUCUCCUAACAAUGCUUCAACAACAACAACAACCACUCCUAUCUUAAGCAGCAUUCAUGGCAACAAUGAUUUCUUUUCACAAUAUCAUUAUCACCAUCUUGGAACAGUGACAGAGCAAAGCAAGAGAGAGCAACUCAAUGCUCCACCAGUUGUUGUGAGCUCAAGGUGGAAUCCUACCCCAGAGCAGCUAAGAGCCCUUGAAGAAUUAUAUAGAAGAGGGACAAGAACACCAUCUGCAGAACAAAUCCAGCACAUCACUGCACAGCUUAGAAAGUUUGGUAAAAUUGAAGGGAAGAAUGUUUUUUAUUGGUUUCAGAAUCACAAAGCCAGAGAAAGGCAAAAGCGCCGCCGUCAAAUGGAGUCAGGUGCUGAUCAGGGUCACCACCACCACCACCAUGAUACUAAUACUCAAGAGAAGAAAGAUUUAGCUGCAAGUAGGACAGUGUUUGAAGUUGAACAGACCAAGAACUGGGCACCCUCUACAAACUGCAGUAGUACUCUUGCAGAGGAUUCUGUUUCAACACAAAGGGCAUCAAAAGCAGCGGUUGCAGAGUGUAGAACAGAUGGAUGGGUACAAUUCGAUGAAGGAGAAUUACAACAAAGAAGAAACUUUUUGGAAAGGAAUGCCACAUGGCACAUGAUGCAGUUUUCUUGUCCUCAUACUCCUGCACCUGUCACCGACCUCAUAAACACCCUUCCUAAUGCCUCUGCAACUAUUAUGGCCACUACUACAACCACAGUAACAACAAGAACAAUGGACCCAAAGCUCAUUAACAACCAUGAUCUCAGCCUUUUUAUUUCACCUCAUAAAGAAAACAGCAUUAUCCACUACUUUAGCAAUAACAGUAGUAAAUGUGAUGAUAACUCUGUGGAAUCUCAAACCCUUCAACUUUUCCCACUAAGGAGUGAUGAUGGAAGCAGUGAUAACAUCAACGAUAAAGAGACAGACAUAUCAGCUUCAGCAAUGAAUGCCAACUUGACCCCAAACCAGUUUUUUGAGUUCCUUCCAUUGAAGAACUAA